AUGCUGCGCCGUUUCUGCGGCACGCUCAAGUACCAGGCGCCGGAGAUGGUGCAGCGAAAGGAGCACUCCUUUCCAAUUGACGUCUGGGCACUCGGCUGCAUCCUCUACCGCCUCUACUACGUCAGUGCGCCCUUUGACGGGCCCACAAAGGAGGACAUCUUCAUGGCCAUUCUGGGGAAGUCGCCCAAGUACGCGCCAGAAAACAGCAAAAGCGGCGAGCCACUUCGCCAGGUGGAGAUUGCCCUCAUGAAGAAGAUGCUGGUGAAGGACCCUGCCCAGCGGAUCAAGGUUGCCGAGCUUCUGCUCUACAACAGGAAGUACUUUGAGGGCAAUGCAGGUGAUGAAGAGGAGGUGGAGCGAAAUCCUCUGACGGGAGUCGGCAAGAUUAUCGCCAGUCUGGAAGCGAUUUCAACGUUUGACGCCAGAAAGCGCAUUCGUUUACUAGUGCCGUACACUGAGCUGCACAGCGCCGAGCAGAUGCCAAAGUACUGGGUCACUGAGUUUAUCGAUUCACCGACAGAGGGCUUUGGAUAUCUCUGCAACAAGAACAUCUUUGGUUUUAACUUUUACUUUGACCAGCGGAAGUUGAUGCUUGUCAAUGACCAGGUGGUGCUUAUGCACGACGGACAAAAGGCGAGUCCGCUGCGUCGUUUUUCGGUGAAAUCUCCGCCGGCAGAACUGACCAAACCCGUCAAAAUGCUAAAACAGUACCACAACAUGCUGAAAGAACAGAUAGAGAAGGAGCAAAUGGCCUACCCGAAAACGGAGAUGAUUGACUCUUUGGCGGAGGAUCUGCCCUGGCUGGAUAAGAUGAUCACCAUCAAAGGCGAUGUUUCCAAAUGCCCCGUGGCCAUUGCCUUUCUUUUCACCAACGAGCUCAUUCAGCUGACCUUUCUCAGCAAUGGAAACAUCUUUCUUUUUGACGGUCAUCAGAACGCCUUUAGCAUUAUCAACGAGAAAGACCGCCUGCUCACUCUUGAUCUGCAGUUCCUCCUCGAAGGACACAUUACUGAUGAAAUGCAGUGCUACGCUACGGAGUCGCUCAAGUACAUUCGCUUUUUUCUUGACUCUUUUGAAUAG